AUGCAUGUUCUCUUAACCAACGACGACGGCCCACCUAACGAAAUUGCCAGCCCUUACAUUAGGUUUCUUGUGGAUGCCAUUGGCAAAUACACUGACUGGGACUUGAGUAUUGUUGUGCCAGAUGUUCAAAGAUCAUGGAUUGGAAAAGCCCAUUUUGCCGGUAAGGAAUUGACUGCUUCUUUUAUAUACCCCAACCAGAACUCAAACGUCUUCCAUGGCCCCUUCCCAUUGCCAAAUAAUAAGAAACAUUCCGAUCUCAAGGAAUGGGCAUUGAUCGAUGGUACUCCAGCAUCGUGCGCCGAUAUUGGGAUCCAUCAUUUGUACCAGGAGAAAGGCCCAGUUGAUUUAGUGAUUUCCGGUCCUAAUGUUGGUAAAAACGCCACUGCUAGUUAUAUUUUGUCAUCUGGUACCAUCGGGGCUGCUUUGGAAGGUGCAAUUCAUAGCAAAAAGGCAAUUGGUAUUUCAUACGGUUACAUCACCAGAGACGUCCCAGAUGAAGUGCUAGAAAAAGCCGCAGAAAUAUCCGUCAAGUUGGUAAAGUACUUGUAUGAAAACUGGGGCACCAAGGAGGGCCAAAAAGUUGAUUUAUAUUCCAUCAAUAUUCCUUUGGUUGAGACUUUGUUAGAGAAGGAAAGAACUAAGAUCUUCUACACUCCUAUUUUACAGAAUAGAUGGGUAUCGAUCUUCAAGAAUGACGAUGCGCAUAUUGGAAAAUCUGAAGAUAUAGAUAUUGUUGAUGCCACUGCCAGCAACAAGAUACAAUUCAAAUGGGCUCCGGAUUUUGAUUACGUUCAUCGUUCAAUUAGAGAAUCGACAACAUUGAAUGAUGGGAAGGUUUUGGACGAUGGUAACAUAAGUGUGACUCCAUUAAGAGCAUCAUUUGAUGAUAUUGCUACCAAUGCGGAAAUCAAGCUCGAUAUUUGA